AUGACUUGUGGUGAGGAACCUAAUAUGGAGAUGCGCUAUGACCGGGAAUACUAUGAUGGUAGCUAUGAGGACGAGUUCACGCUGUAUGAUGGAUUUGGUGGAAGACCCGAAUCGUUUGAUUGGCGCUCCAAAAAUGUUGUUACUGAUAUCAAGGAUCAACAACGUUGUGGCUCAUGCUGGGCAUUCGGCGCAGUCGGUGUGGUUGAAUCGAUGAACGCGAUAGCGAAGAAUCCACUGGUAUCGUUAUCUGAGCAGCAAUUGAUCGAUUGCGAUAUGAACGAUAAUGGUUGCGAUGGAGGUUAUCGACCGUACGCCUUGCAGUACAUAAGGCACAAUGGUAUUGUGCCUGAAGAGCUUUAUCCAUAUGCAGGUAAGGAGCUGGAUAGCUGUAAGCUAAACACCACUCUUCAAAGAGUGUACGUCAAAACGGUGAAGUAUAUCCGCCGCAAUGAAAGCGCAAUGGCUGAUUUCGUUUUCUAUAAAGGUCCAUUAAGCGUUGGAAUUAAUGUAACGAAAGACUUAUUUCACUACCAAUCCGGUGUGUUUACGCCAUCAAAAGAAGACUGUGAACAGAAUCCUCAAGGAACACAUGCACUAGCUGUUGUUGGUUAUGGAAGUCAGAAUGGAGAAGACUAUUGGAUCAUAAAGAAUAGUUGGGGAAAGAGAUGGGGUAUGGAUGGAUUUUUCCUGUAUAAGAGAGGUGCGAACAGCUGCGGUAUUGCAGAUUCACCGUGCUCAGUUGAAGCGUGA